CGUGUAUUACUUUGUACAGUUUUUCAUACUGUGUGCAAGAGUUUGAAGAUGGCACGAACCAAGCAGACCGCUCGUAAGUCCACCGGUGGAAAGGCUCCCAGGAAGCAGCUCGCUACCAAGGCUGCCCGAAAGAGCGCUCCCGCUACCGGCGGCGUGAAGAAACCUCACCGCUACAGGCCUGGGACUGUGGCUCUGAGGGAGAUCCGCCGCUAUCAGAAAUCCACCGAGCUGCUGAUCCGCAAGCUGCCCUUCCAGCGGCUGGUCAGAGAAAUCGCUCAGGAUUUCAAGACAGACCUGCGCUUCCAGAGCUCCGCUGUUAUGGCGUUGCAAGAGGCUAGCGAGGCUUACCUGGUCGGGCUCUUUGAGGACACCAACCUGUGUGCCAUUCACGCCAAGAGAGUCACCAUCAUGCCCAAAGACAUCCAGCUGGCCCGCCGCAUCCGUGGAGAACGCGCUUAAACUGCAAAACCCUUAAAACAGCGAAACCCAAAGGCUCUUUUCAGAGCCACC